AUGGCGGUGACCACCUUCGAUGGACAGUUCAGCUUCAAGCAGGACUCCCUCGCGCGGCUCGGUCGGCGAGAGACGCAGAAGAUGAAUGCGGACCAAUAUGCGGCCUUCCAGAACAGCCCCUUCAUGCAAGGAGUUCGCAAGACUGAGGAUCUUUGCUGGACCUUCACGUGUGACCGAGAUGAGAAGCGCAAGAAGACCGACCCGUCCUUCAAGCCUGUGGACGAGGACUUCUCGGCUCCUAAGGCUCAUGAGUUCGAUCGAUGCAUCAACUACUACAAGGUGCUGGGCAUCGACGAGUACUCGACCCUGGAGGAGGUCAAGAAGGCCUACAAGAAACUUUCCUUAGUGUACCAUCCGGACAAGACCUCCGGCCUAAGCACCGAUCAGAAAGAGGAGUACGCUGCCAUCUUCAUCGAGCUGAAGAACGCGUACCUAACACUCGGAGAUAAUCCCACUCGCCGCCAGUAUGAUCGGGAACGUGAUAGGGACAAGGCAUCCUACGAGGUCAACGGCUUCAAGCCCAAGACCCGCGCGCAGUUUGAUGCAAGUGAAGUCCUGAAGAAGCUGCAGGAGAUGCAAAAGCCUCCGGGAAAGCACAUUGAUGUGCCACUGGCCGUGAAAUUGGAGAAGUUCUUCUACGGGGGGCACAAGGGCAUAAGGCGAAACAGGCGUGUGAAGGACUUUGGAAGCUUCAAGGACGAGAUCCGCGUCUACCGUGUCGACAUCCCGAGAGGUGCUGCGGAACCUCACGAUGUCACCUUCCGAUCUGGCGGUGACCAUCACGAGGACACUCGACCGGACACGCUGUGUUUCAAGAUGUCGUCAAAGCCCCACGCGGUCGUCGAGCGUCAGGGUCAGGACUUGGUGCUGCGAUCUAGAGUUGGGCUUGGUCUCAACGCGAAACAUGAUCCCGUGUUUCACGUGGAGACGCCGAGCGUGGCUGGUCGCCAUGUUUUGGUUUGGGGGAAGAAUCCGUUCUACAACGAUACGCCGUCUGGUCAAGGUGAUCUGCGAGUACAGGUCAAGGGAGAGGGCCUUACAGCAAGCGGCUCCUUGCACUUCGUGUGCCGGGCUGGCAUUGCGAACAGCCCUUCUUCCAACGGAUACGCCCCAGCCAGGAGCUCCACUAGGCCAACGGUCGCAGGGGAUCAGGUCCUUGUGACUGUGAAGAACAUGCAAACUGAUGGCAAGCUCUUCCUUCGAGUGAGCAAGACAUCUACGAUUGGGGAGAUCCGCAGCAAGAUGAUGGAUGUCUUGGGAUUGCCCCGCAGCGCGACUGUGAGGAUGUUGCAGCACUUCUCUGGCGGGUACACGCCAUUUUCUGAGAGGCAGCAGCUGGGUUCCUUGCGUACGCUCAACUGUGCAGGCACCGCCUGGAGUGCGCCAGAACUAACUGCCGCUCGCUCCAAGCAAUUCCUUCAGGAUGUGGUUGCCACAAGCGAAAAUAAGUCUUUUCAGGCCAAGCUGGCGGCAGUCGAGAAGACCUCGCCUGGCUCCGAGGUCUGGGCCGCUUUGAGCGAUGUACUCCCCGAGUACGGGUUCGAGCCGACUGCAAGCAACACAAAGGAGAAGGUGAGCCUGGCCCUGCAACAGGUGCAAGCAACGCCGGGCUUGGAGGGACUAGUCGAGAAAGUGAAGGCUCUGCCGAGUCUGCGCUCGUCUGCUUCAAAGGGCCUUGCCAAGAACGGCCUGAAUGGUCAUGCCCAUCGAGGAGGCACUAAUGGGAAAGCUGUGGCUGGCAGGAGUGCGCGUGACUUCUUGCACAUGCACGGCCUGGGGCCUGCCGAGGGCUGGCGCCGGCCCUUGCCCAGCUCGCCCGGGUCGAAGCAUGGCCAUGGUGGCCUGUGUGACGCACCUGCCAUGAUGAGACGCCUUGCUCGGCGGGAGCAGGGAGAUCGGACCUGCCAGGUCGUGCUUGAACCGAUCAGCGAGCCCAUGGUCCUCUUCACAAAGCCCACGUGUACGGUGACUUUCUACACCAACCUUGGGCAAGCCAGGUCUGGGCAUGGGUCGAGCCUGCCUGCCCUGCCCACAUUCGCCAUCUCAAUUUCCUCCCCUCCAUGUGCGAAAAAGAAGGCCCAGUCUGAAUGGCACCUUUUGAAGGACAGCUUGGUCCCCUUGCUCAAGAUGACGGCUUUCCACAUGUUCAAGGCAUGUCGGAAGAUCUGGCCGCGAGCCUUGGCCAAUGUCCCAAUGUCCCCGAUCGACGGCACGCCGGCUGAAGCCACGCGAGCUAUGCCAUGGAAGCGCCUCGGCGAUGAGGCCUUCAAGCGUGGUGAUUUCUACAUGGGAGCAAAUUUUUACACCAGGUGCUUGGAGGACAGACGAGAACUGGAUGACUGCAAAGCCGAAGCGGCAGUGCUGUCGAAUCGAGCUGCGUGCUUGGCCAAGGUCGGCCAUUUUCAGGCAUCCAAAGAAGAUGCCCAACUCGCACUCGAGCUGUACCCCAAUUGGGGCAGGGCCUGGAGCAGAAUUGGGCUCGCCAAUCUUAAGAUCGGUCAGGGAAAAGAGGCCCUCGACGCCUAUCGCAAGGCAGUCGCAUAUGAUCCAUCCAGUUCCAACAUCGAUGCCUUGGCUUCCGUCGCCCAUCAGUUGCACUCGGCGGACACGGAUCUGGCACACAAAGAGAAGGAGGAGGGCAACGUGGCGAUGCGCGGGAAUGAGUUCGGCUUGGCCGUGGCACAUUACACCGCAGGCCUCGCUAUGGUCCCUGCGGAGGUGAAGGCAUCAGUUCCUGACGGCGUGCCGCCUGAGGAUGAGCACGCCCUGCUGCGGUCAGUUCUUUUUUCCAAUCGAGCGUCGGCGUUCAGCCAGCUCAAGAACUGGCGUCAGGCAUCGGAUGAUGCCCAGAGUGCUGUCGAGAAAAAGGAUGACUUCGUGAAGGCACGAACGCGCUUUGGGACGGCCCUCCUGGCGUGUGGCCACGUGGAGAAGGCCUAUGUACAGUUUGCCCACGCCUUGAAGCUGGAGUCCAACAAUGUCGCGGCGCUGAAGGGCCGUCAGGCGUGUAUCAGCCUCUUGCCCCUCUGGCGUACCGUGCCAGCCAGACAGCGCUUCCGUGAGCGAUUCGGAGUCGACCUUUGGCGUCCAAAGGGUACCACGAAGGUUUACGCCAUCUCCGACGUCCACUUUGACCACAAGUGCAACGAGGAGUGGGCGCACCGAAUCGAUGACUUCGAUUUCCAAGAGGAUGUGCUGAUAGUGGCAGGAAACCUGUGCGACACGAGGAAUGCGCUUGUCCGAGCGUUGACGACACUCAAGGCCAAAUUCCGCCGCGUCUUCUAUGUCCCUGGAAAUCAUGAGCUUUGGUUGAAUCCGACAGAGGCCGCGAAGUACCCGGAUUCGCUGGCAAAACUGCUUGGAAUCAUGGAAACAUGUGAUGAGCUGGGUGUGGACUGCUUCCCGUCAGCGGUGUGUGAGGACGUCUUUGUGGUGCCACUGCUGUCCUGGUACACGGCAGAGUUUGAUGAGAAGGAUCCCUUCCCGGAUCCGAAUGCUAACUUCGACCACCAAUGUCGAUGGCCCCUGGACCCUGACACGCAGGUUUGGAAGUACAUGCUGAAGCUCAACGAAGCGCACCUUCAGCAUCCAUACCAUGGCUCCGUCAUUACCUUCUCGCACUUCCUACCGUCGCGGAGCUUGCCAUUCGCUUCAUUCGGACGUGCUGCGAAGGCCAUGGGCUGCGAAGAUCUCAAUGAUCAGGUCAAGUCCAUCCGCCUGCGAAACCGGGUGCAUGUUUACGGCCACUCGAGCAGACACUUCUCACAGUUCGAGGAUGGAAUCCUGUAUGUGAACCAUUACCAUGGUACCGAAGGUGGACAAGCUGAGCGAUCACCGCUGUUCUUAAUUCACGAUGGGAAGGCCAUCGUGAAGCGAGAAGUUGACAUUUACUCUGGGCCGAUGAGAUUGUGA